UGUCAUGGAGGCAGAUCUGCCUGGCAGGCAGGAGGGUCUCGGCUCUCGACCUGCAGUACUCGGCAUUACCUGCCAGCGCGUGAGACACGCCGGCAGCUGGCCAGUGUCUCCCAGUGUCUCUGAAAUCGCGGACACCGAUGGAUCGCGGAGCUCACACGAGUAAUAGCGCGUGGUGAGGCGGUACCAAGAAGACUCGGUACCCAGGAGUCUCUCCGGAAACCCGGAGCGCGCGUCGCUUACACGACACGGGCGAGCGAGAGAUUCGCCAAGUGUGCGCGUAACAUCGCGCGUCGCGGUGUCGCCGUGUGUCGGUGAAGCGGCGUACACGGCGUGUAAUUCGCGGCCAUCAGUCCGUACUCCGGGAGACGACGACGACGACGACGACGACGACGACGGCGACGGCGACGACGAGGACGCCGGUGCGGAAGGAGGCGGGAGAGGCGCGAGCUGUCCCAGAAGAGCGACACGUCGCGAUACGAUCGAUCCGUCAAAAGCCGUGCAGUAGCGGCACGCAAUCCAAGCGGCGGCGUACGCGCGAGACCGCCCGCCCGCUGGCGAUGGAGGAAAUGUGUUGCUCGUGACGUCACGGAAUUCCUUCUCGGUGCUGCUGCUGCUGCUGCUGCUGCUGGAGUAAACGGCCGCGAGCACUUGUCAUCGUGCCUUCUUGUUCUCGCGUAGUCGAUACUCUCGUGGAUACUUGCAUUCUUUCGAGGAGAAACCCUCGGAGGAGAGCGAGAGAGAGCGAGAGAGCGAGAGAGAGAGAGAGAGAGAGAGCGAGAGAGGGAGAGAGAGAGAGAAGCGCGCGCAUUCGGUAUAUACGACGGUAACGCGUCGGAAACGGAGCAAGAGGAACGAAGUGAGAGAGAAAAGUAAGAAGAUAGAUAGAGCGAAAAGGAGAGCCGCGGAGGAGCGGUGGAGAACGUGGGCGUUGAGUGAUUGUUGUCGGUGCUAGUUUCCAUCGGGAGUCAUGAGAGACACGAACGAUAUGAUGGAGGACGCCCUGUCGGAGGACACGAUGAUGGAUUGUGGAGGAGAUAGCGGAGAAGAUAGCGGAGGAUUGGAAGACUUUGUCAACUUAUCCACUAAUAUCACGGAUAAUUCACGUACAAUACAAGAUGCCGCCGAACGGUUACUGACCUUGUUAGGCAUGGACGAGGACGAUGAGGACCUUCUGUCGUCGGAGGAGGAUGAGGGUGUUGAAGUAGACAUCGACGAGGAAGACGACGAGGAAACGGAUAAUACCAAAUUAUUGCAUCAACUCGCAGCCUCUUUAGCCCAGGAACUCAAAUAUUCCCAGAAACAGUCCUCGAGUAGCAGAGCGGCGUAUCAAGAUCAAAAUACGAUGCACAGCGUGGAGAUGUUGCAGGAUACGAGUUACCUUGGCCGCGGUUGCCUUCAGGACCAAGUGGAUCAUCCGAAAACGUCUGUUCGUCAAAACAAUUUCGGUCACGGUGAUCUUGAUUUUUUUGACGAUCUCGAUGAGCAAAACGCGAAUUUCACAAAGUUUACAAAUUUUGAAAACUUCCGUCAGGAACCACGCGGUCGAACCCUUGAUUCUUCGAGUUUAGAUCAUCGCCUGUGGACGGACGAUUCAGCAGCUACGCAGGCUGCUGGAAAGUCCUUCAACAACCAGCAGGAGCAGAAUCCCGAUUCCUGGACGGCAGGAUGGGACGCUUGCGCCACCGAGGCACUCCGAUAUCUCGUCGAGGACGAGGGUCUACCGCUUCAUCAUCCUACAGUUGUUGCCAUGAAAAAUCAUCUAGAUUUGCAGAGGGAGAGGGCGUUUAUUCAAUACACCGGGUAUACGGACAACAAGUCGCAAGACAUGAGUCUGCUUCUGGAUUGAUGAGGCUCUAGAAUUAAGGUAGAGAGCGAUUAAAUUUAUUUCUUGCGACGUAUCUCGUUGAAGAACUUUCGAGAGAGAAAUCUGAGAUAAAUUAAUCUUGUUAUUUAAAUAAAGCGAGCGUAAGAACAUGGCAUGUUGUGAAAUCGUUUGCGCAAGACUCUUCGCUUAUUUACAUUUUUCUUCUUUUGAAGAAAAAUUAUACUUUUCUUGAGUCAUAAAGAUUCAUUUUGUACCAUAAACAAUUCGAUUACUAUCUGCUUUUCUUGAUUUUGCUACUUUCUUAUAUUGCUGAGAGACAACUAAUUGGACAUAUUCAUUAUAUUUUUUUUUUUGUUGAAACAUUGUGUUGAUUGUUAGACAUACAUUCUGAUUGGAACGUCAAUUUGACUCUUGCUUGCAGACGUUGCGAGUUGGUUUUUCGGGAUCUUUCGACGAUUAUAAUAUUAUUGACUAAAGCGUUCAUACGCUGGAUCGAUAUGAACGUUAUUUUUUUUCGUAACGAGAUGUUCAACGCUUUGAAAUUCGUCAACGUGAACGUCUUAAUCAAGAAUCAUAAAUCAUUAAAAGAAACUACUUCUAGCAGUUUUAGAAUCAUCGAACUGUAGAGAAACGUCCGGCGAAUCACAAC